GUCGGUUUUAUGGAAUCACGUGUGAGAAACACUGCGCAAAAAAAUCCCGGGAUUUUGGGUACUAUUGACUGAUUGUCACAAACAGCUCUAAACUAGAGACAGAAAAACAUCAUCAGUCAUUGAAAAAGGGACAGGCAGCAGAAUGCCACCUGUGUCUGAAGUGGACACAGGUCCCGUUGAAGAAAGCUCUGGGGGUCUUACACAGUCGGAUUGCUUGUGCCCAGUGUGUCUGGACAUAUUCCUGGAGCCGGUCACUUUACCAUGCACACACACGUUUUGCAAAACCUGCUUUCUGGAGACUGUUGACAAGUCCAACAUGUGCUGUCCGCUUUGCCGGAAACGAGUGUCCACUUGGGCACGACUCAACAGCCGGAACAAAACAUUGGUGAAUAUGGAGCUGUGGAGACGAAUACAAGAUGCAUUUCCCACCCAGUGUGAGCGGAGAUUAAAGGGGAUAGAAGAUGAAGAUGAUGAUGUCAGCAUGAUGGUUCCAAGACCUCGUGUGAGUCAGCCGGGAGAAGUGAGGAGAGAGUAUGAGGAUCAAAUCACUAAGCUGGUGGAGGAGAAGAGAGCUCUAGAGGAAGCUGAGAGGAGAGCCAGUGAGGAGUACAUCCAGCGCCUCCUAGCUGAGGAAGAGGAGCGCCUGAUGGAAGAGAGGAAAAGACAGGAGGAGCAACAGCUGGAGGGCGAUGAGAGACUUGCCAGACUGCUCAGCCAAGAGCUGAAUUCAGGACCAAUCUCUGAAUCACCUUUGCACGUCAAACCUACUGAUGCUACCUCAGCUAAGAAAAAGAAACCGCAUGCAGGGGAUAUUGAGAAGUUUCUACGCCCAGUGUCUUAUAAACAGCCCAGCUGUUCUGAGGGAAGCUCAGACUCCUCCCUGAUGGCUAAUAAGGAAAACAUUCUGAACCCUCCAAAAACCCUUGUGUCACAGUCUGUGGAGGACAAAGUUGACCUAACCAUGCCAGCGCUGGACUACUAUGCAAAACCUUCGACCUCUAAUCCCAGCAGCUCAGAACUGACAUUCACGUUCAACAAUCCUAACAGCACCUCAUCUAAACGAAAGAGCUCAGAAAUAGAGUUCGAAAGUGAAUCAGAUCUACUCAGCAAGAGGUUAUGUGCUGCUCCACAGUGUGAAUUGCCUUUAGCAGACAGCACUUUUCUAUCAGAGAUGGCGUGGUAUGAGAGCUUGCGGAGUCGUUUGCAGCAAGAGGAGGAGGACCGACGGAUGGCGAUGCGACUUCAGAAGGAGUUGAACCACGAUUACGCUGUGGACCGCAGGAAAGGUUCGGCCGACAGCUAUCAACUCCGGCAAAAAAACACUCCGGCUUCCACAAGUGCAAAGCCAGAUGAGGAAAUUAAGACAGGGAAUGGCAGUACAUCACGGUCAACUGCUAGGAACUGCACAGGACGGAAUGAGGAUAAGGAGAAAGCUGGAAAAAGACUGUCUGGAACAAGCUCCCAACUAGUGGAAAAGACUCCCAGGAAAAGUCCUGUGUCUUCUCCAACAACAACGGUCCCAGUUACUCCUCUGAAGAAGGGGACAAAGCAGACCACCCUGACCGAGAUGUUCCCCAACUUGGGCAGUUGAAGCAAUGCUCUGCUGCCUUGAACCGUUUUCUUAUACACUCCUUGGAACAGAAAUUACAACAUUUAUUGUAAGAGGCAGCGCUGCUACUAAAGGACAUUGAUUAGCGGUUCCAUUAUCUUUAUCAAUUUCAGCCCAUAUGAUGCUAAUACCUCUUCAGUGCCUUUCUGAACUGUAUUUUUGGGAGGGUCAUACUGUAAUGUCAUAAUAAACACGAGCGUUUAUAUAGUAAUGACUAGUUUGACAUGAGUUUGAAAUGGUGCGAAUGCUGCAAAAGAAGAUGGUUUUACACGUUUUCUCCUUUUGUAAGCAUUUGCAGCAAUCUUUCACUUGUUUGAAUUAAAGGAAAGAAAGGAAAUUUGUCUUUGUGUUGUGU